ACCAUCACCACCAUCACCAUCACCAUCCGCACCAUCACGCACAUCACCACCAACACCAGCAUGGUCAUGGUCAUGGUGGCCACGUCGCCCCGUACCGAUCGGAAACUCGAAGAUACUUGCUCUCGGAAAGCCGGACGAAUGCUACUCUCAAGCUGACGAUCGAGAUGGCGUACGUUGGCGGAUUGCCCGAUUUUGCGGUACCCUCUAUACGGGUAGGCCUGCCCGUCGGAGGUCUCGGAAGUCUGCUAGAUGGUGCAGCUGCCAGCCUUGGCAACAAUACCGACUCUAGCUCCGAUGGUGCCGGCGGCCACCAGUCUGGUCACAACACCGCAGCUAGUAGCAACGUUUCGCUGCCGAAUGCUGCCCUUUCUUCUUGGUCCCCCUCAAGUGUGGCCCGGCAUGCACGCAUUCCAGCAUCGAAUCUCACAACGGAGCUUUCUGCCAAAGAGCUCGCGCGUGCUUCCAAAGUUUCUGGCGCUGGUGCUGGCCGUCUUGCGUUCUCUUUCGCGGGGGCUGCGCAUCACGACAGACCACCCGAGGAGGUCAUCGAUGCUAUCUUUCACCCUGGUCCUGCUAGCAACGCAGUGCUCAUGCUUCAAUCGACCGUCAGCCGUGCGGACAAAGUCCAACGAGAUUCUGGGGGUCGCGCAGGCGCCAAGACGCCGUCCUCGAAGCAAGGUCGAAGCGGCGAUGGAUCCACGCGGGCAAGCGAGCGGCGGGCAGCGGAAGAGAAGGAACGCGAUGCGGAAGAUCUUAGGGCCAUGGCCGGAGCGCCAAAGCCAGAGCAUUACGACGCGAUAUCUCCCGCUCAAUCUCCAGUAGACAGUACCGAGGCGCAAGGAUACCGUAGUAUCCCCACGGCGCUCGCAUCACCAGCGGAGACUGUCACGCAAGGAAGCCAUUACGGGGCUGACGAGACCUUGGCGAACCGCUUGACAACCAUCAUUAGCGCUGAUGAGGAUUCCUCUGCCCCUACGACAAAACCUGCGGGCGCGAAAGAAUCCCAAAUUGCUGCCAAACCCGAUUCCAAAGACUCGGGCGUCACGUCGCAAGGCUCCGGGUCAAGCUUGUCUUCUGUGCGACCUAUACUAAGUACGGAUCCGCGCUCGCGCAAAGGCUCUCGAGCGGCCGCAGCUGGUGGUGCAACAGGUUUGCAAAAGCGAAACAGCACAAGCACGACAAGCAGCGAAUACACCGACGGACAGUCGAAACGCGGUUCAUCGAGACCGCAUUCUGUACACUGGGAUACCAACAGCUUUACAGAGCCUAAUGCAAAAGGGUCUGGCUCGACUGACAGUGACGUUCGAGAGAGCCAUCGCACAAGUCCCGUCUUUCCGCAGGCACCUGCUGUGGUCAAAGAUCGCGAGGUGACGGCUAGCCCACGAUCCAUUUCUCCUUCGCGAGAGCGAGACAGGCAAUUCUCCGGCUCGACCACCGCGCAGUCCCAACGCAACAAAGGGGCCAUCAAGAAGGGUGAUGAUGUGUUCACAACGGACCGCGCGAGUGAUGCAGGAAUCGUGGGUGGGACUAAGCUACUCAGUAAUCAGGAAGCGCAAGGCGAGACGAUGGAGCAAACGCUUUCUGCGGCUCAAGGAGUGUCCAGGGAGGAUAUGGCAGGCUCUGGGAAGAAAGCUGGCGAGGCUCUUGAAUCGCACGAGGGUGCGCAUGGCUGGAACAAGCCGAGCCCGGCCAAGCUGCCACAACAAAAGCCAAGAGCGAGGGUGCUGCGUGGCGCUGUCGGCAUAUCGCCGGACGAGGCGGCUCGAAAGGGCUACCACGGGGCUGGUUGGGGCAACCUACAAGCAACAUGCCUUCCGGGCGGCGCGCUUCUCAAGCCUGCAUGCGCUCCGUGCUCUCCAGCUUUCAGCUCGUCUGAUCGUCACUCGUCUGGACAGUGGAUAUGGUCCUCACCUGAAGGCUCACCGCAAUAUUCAAGGAUCGCGCGGGACUUUGCCUUGGGCCAAACGCCAGCUCAAGCUCGGGGAGCUGCAACUGAAGUCGGAGCAGCAGGAGACGAUCAUGGCAGCGGAGGUCGCCGCGCCUCUGCCAUCCAGAACGGGGAUGAGCAGCAUGCAUCGGUCGAGCAGGUGAUGGACGCUGCGAUGCACUCUGAUCUGGAAAGCGCCAACGAUUUGACGCCGAAAGCUGCCCGACAAGCUGUGCAUGCCUGAUUUACCUUUUUGUUGCGCGUUGCCCAGACACUUGCGAUGCGAUCUGCUCUCUCUCUCUCUCUCUUCUCUCUCUCUCUCCAUGCUCGCCCUCCUAUCUGUUCCUAUCCUGCAGCCAUUUGCAACAUGUCAAACGCGCAGCUGCUCGUGCUCCAUCAUGUACAAUAACACGCUGCUUUAGAAUGCCCGUGUCAAACCUUUUUACCCUGCCGUUCAGGUUGCUUUAGACAUGCAGGACGUUCCUGAGCGAGAGAGUGGAUCGUGGC